AUGUCUGUAAAGAUAGUAGUAGUACAGAUCUCUCAAACACGGGUUGUUUGCGGUUUUAAUAACCAAGAUUUGCCUAGUUUAACUUUGCCAGCGCAGUACUUGACUUAUAAGAGCGAGCAAGAACCAGAGAGAACAUCGGAACAAGGUUCUGAGGCAUCGAAUGAUUCAAUUGUGAAAGUUUUUGAUAAAUGGGACAUGCUAGCGCGUUGUCAGGAUCCUACAGCGGAGGUUUACCAGUUGUACGAUAAACAAGGGCUUCCAUGCGAUUGGGAUGUAAUGGAUGAGCAAUGGUCGUACAUGUUCAAGAGACUUGGUCUAAAAUUUGAGGACUAUCCAGUAUGCGUGGUUUUGCCAAACGAACUAAAAGCUAGCAUACGUAAGAAGUUUGUGGAGCAUCUGUUGGGAUACGGCAUUCCGAUGGUGCAACUGCUGAACGAACCUGUUUGCAACACUUUAAGCCAGGGCAGACCUAGCGGCAUUGUUGUGGAUAUAGGACAUACUGGUGUCAGAGUAGAUGCGGUUAUCGAUGGUGUUUUGUUCAAGCAGUACAGGAAGGAGAACAAGAUUGGGGGAGCGUUUUUAAACUGGAAGAUAUGCGACCAUCUUUUGAAGAGGGAUGCGAACAAAUCGACAGAGGUUUGGAGGGAUGCGACCGAAUGGCUACCAACGUUUAAGAACACGAUGUUACAGGUGUCUCCUAUAGAAUUGGACGCAAACCAUGAGAUUGCGCCCCAUUACCAGCAUAUGGUGUCUCCAAUGGACCACACGAAGAGUUUCCUUUUGGAAAGGAAACAAACGGUUACAUUCACCAACAAGCAGCUCUAUGCUAUUGGUGAGCUGCUAUUCAAGCCUGUGAUAAACAUUGAUAAAAGCGGGAGCACAGAUACUGCAGACUCUACUGCUGCCAAUGGCAGCACCAACGGUGGAGACGCACCUCCACCAGAAAAGUUGAUCGGAAUCGUGGGGCUAAUCAGAUCUUGUAUCCAAAGCUUGCUCAACGGCGCCAAUGCAGGCGCAACUACGGGUGCCAGUGCUGGAGGAGCCUCUAACUCUGGGGAUGGCUCAUUGGGCGGACAAGGCAGCAACGAUAGCUCCAACGCACCAUCACAUAACUACACUUCAGAACAACUACAAAGCAUGCUAUUAACGAACAUCUUAGUUACUGGAAGCACGUCCAACAUCCAAGGACUCGAGCAAAGACUACUAAACGAUAUUUCAGUAUCAUUGAACGACCUAACUACGGUAAGACCGAAGAUUUUGUUCAAACCAACAAAGCUAGAUAGAACGUUCCAAUCGUGGCAGGCGGCCACUACCCUAUGCAGACUACCUCUACGCGAGUCGUUGUAUGCAUGGGAAACCCUUGAAAGAGAAACCAAAUGA